UACACAAACUCAAAUCUUACAAAACCCUAAUUUUAUUCCAGCGUCACGUAGCGGAUCUCAAAGUUUCUCGGAAAGUCUUCGCAGGAGCUGUAUUUUAGGUGAUGGCUCCCAAACAGCCAAGUACUGGCCUUUUUGUGGGCCUGAACAAAGGACAUGUUGUAACUAAGAAGGAGUUGGCUCCACGCCCUUCUGAUAGAAAAGGGAAAACCAGUAAGAGAGUCCAUUUUGUGAGGAAUCUGAUCCGAGAGGUUGCUGGUUUUGCUCCCUAUGAGAAGAGGAUCACUGAACUUCUGAAAGUCGGGAAAGAUAAGCGUGCUUUAAAGGUGGCCAAGAGAAAGCUUGGCACCCAUAAGAGGGCCAAGAAGAAGCGUGAGGAGAUGUCAAAUGUGCUUCGUAAAGUGAGGUCUGGAGGGGGAGAUAAGAAGAAGUGAGCUUCUGCACCAAGAUCUCUAUGGAGUUUUAAGUUUAUUGUUUUAGUUGCCGAAACAUUGGAAGUUUGCAGAACAGUUUUGACUCUUUUCUAAUUGUAGACCAACUUUUGCCUUCAGAUAUAUUUUCUGCUAUUUCUCAAAUUCAAGCAUGUGCAUUCAAGUUUGCAGAUUA